UUUCCGGGGUUAAAGCAGCCGCCAUAUCUGAAUGCGCUUUAAACCUUUUCAAUCCCACAGACAUGUUUAUGUUAACACAGUUCAGAAAUACAGUGCGGAUUACUAUAUAGCGCUUUGAUUACAACCUAUAGACGUUCAACAGAGAGGUUUCUAAGAUGUCAUUGGUGGAUUUGGGAAAGCGUCUUUUAGAAGCAGCUCGGAAUGGUCAUGAUGAUGAAGUCAGGGCACUAAUGGCCAAUGGAGCUCCAUUCACUACUGACUGGCUUGGAACUUCUCCAUUACAUUUAGCAGCCCAGCAUGGCCAUUUCUCCACAGCUGAAGUGCUGCUGAGGGCUGGUGUGAGCAGAGAUGCCCGAACAAAAGUGGACAGAACCCCACUGCACAUGGCGGCCACAGAGGGCCAUGAAGUAAUUGUGGAUUUAUUAAUCAGGAGUGGAGCAGACAUCAAUGCCAAAGACAUGUUGAAGAUGACCGCUCUCCACUGGGCCGCCCAGCAUGGUCAUCACCAUGUUGCAGAACUCUUGGUCAAGCACGGGGCUGAUGUACACGCCCUCAGCAAGUUUGACAAGUCAGCUUUUGAUAUUGCUGUUGACAUACAACAUGGCGAACUCAUGCUCUUAUUACAGAAGGGAAUGCAGAAUCAGGUAAACAGAAAUGCUGAAGCAUCAAUCACAAAUGGAAAUUCCACCCCACAGUUCAUCAUCCAGGGUGUCCCCAAUAUUCAAGGGGGUGUCGUCAACCUCACAGACUUGAUCAAAACCAGCUCAGGUAACACAGAGGAGGCGAUUGCUGUCAGCGCCUUAGACUCAAGUAUACAGCAAGUGGUGAACGAAUCGGGCCAGAGAGUCAUAACCAUAUUAACAGAUCAACACGGAAACCUGCAAACAAAUGGACUCGGCCAACCAUUCUUUGUCACGAUGCAGGAUGGACGACAAGUAUUGGCAGUUUCAGCCAAUCAAAUCACAGAGGAAGUGGUAGAUGACUCCGAACCUCCUGCCCGUAAAAGGAAAAUUGAAGUCUCAUCCAAUCACACAGAGACUGGUGAAACGGAGCACCUACAUUGGCAGUUACAAGAAGCUAACAGGAAAGCUCAAUCAUAUCGUCAACAGCUGCUCCGCAAAGAGCAGGAAGCCGAGGGGUACCGAAUGAAACUGGAGGCAAUGUCCAAUGGACAGACCAACGGCACCGCCACUCUGGACCAGGAGCAGGUCGUGCUUGUGCAGGAGGAAGUGGGUAUAGAGGAAGAGGAAGAGGAAGUUGUCUUCUUUUCAGAAGGUGGUGAAGUUGUCAAAACAGAGGAGAUUGAUUCUGCAGAUGAGCAGAUAACUCUAGGGGAAGCCACAGCGGGUCACACAGAGGUAAUUUCAUAAAAGACGACCCGAGAGCGUGGACUCAAUGCUCGAGCAACCAAAGAGUGCAUCAGCAUGGUUUUGGUUUGGUUCAUUUUGAUUUUUGCAAUUAAGUCAUUUUGUAACUUAUUAACUUCUUCUGUUUUGGUUACUGUAUCAUUGUUUAGUCAAAGACCAUGAAAGAGAGUUCUUUCUCGGUAGUGUUCUUUAAAGGGGGUUCUUCAAAGACAGCUGGAGAAGACUCACUCUUUACAAAUGAUGUUACCUUUAAAAUCCCCUAGACUGGAACUGUGUUUGCGUUAUACAAACAGUUAGUUUCAUCACUUUUGAAAUUGAACAUUGACAAGAUGCAUUGUGUUAACAUGAUCUCAGAAUCAGGUUUUUUGCCAGUUACGUGUUGUUUGCAUUGGAAAUAAAAUGGUGCACCAAUUUUAAGACAUUAAAACUGCAUAAUCCAUCUUAAAAAUACACCAAUCAAUGAAUUUUAUAUAUUUCUGUUUGGCCACUUACAAGAGUGCUAAACAGUCAUUUAAAAAGUGCCUUUGCAUUUAGUAUUUUUAGUCAUUGUUCGUUUUCACGCUUAGGGGAUGCUACUAAAAUGUAUACACAUAGUAUUUGUUUCAUUAAUGGGUAUACUGCUUAAUCCCAUUCACUUAACAUUCAAUUCACAUUCCUCUCUGCUUGUGUACAACAUGUUUUCAGUUUUAUGUUCUGCUGAAGUUUCAAACAGAAGAAUUAAGUUGGGAGAGCUCUUGUGCUUAACAAGAGAAUAAAUAAGUGUUUUCAUAAAGUUAAAAGAGGUCUGAUUUCAAUAUCAGGGUAUUGUAUCAGUUUAUCUUGUAUAAAUCUCACUGUCUUGUUGAUGAAAAAGGAUGUAGAAUGUCAAGGAUGUGUAAGAAUCUCAAUGUAAAUGAUACAAAUUUUUAACCAGUUUAGAUUGCCUCUACUAUAGGAAGAAUGUAAUUAUUUCCUAUUCAAACCAUCCAUUUAAUUGUAAAUGUUUUCUAUAAGAUAGUACUGUCCUUUCACAUUGUAUGUGUGAACCACAGUGUUAUACUGGCGCUACAAUUUAAGCACACUGAUCCAGGUGCAAAAUCCUGAUCAGUGUAAUCACUGUUAUUAUGUGCAUAUAAGUGAUGUAUAAAGCUUUUGACCUAUUUUUGAUUUAAAAUGUA